AGAGCUUCAGUCUCACAACACCUUUACUACUGGACACUCCUUCUUUGUGUCCGCGCACGUCUGAUCAGGACUCGAAUUCAGAUCAUCGUCAUCAAGCAGACUCCAGCAUCACAUCCUAUUUCUGAUCCGCCAUACCCAGAACGCAGGCUAUUAUACCAUACCGUCUUCCUGUUUACUGGUUGCUACAGCGGUCCAUCUCACCCAUGUGUCGAGUCGACGAGAAGAUAUACGUCCGCUCGGACGGACGUCGCUCCAAGUUUCAGGACACCUCACUCUGUGAGCGAGGAAGGCGGCGAGGCAAGAUGUGCUCCAACGCGGAAGUGCGUCGGACCGAGUACCCUGAUCCGACUUCGUCACCCAUCGCGAGCAGCCCGAUCACGCCCAGCUUUAGCACACAGGCCCGUCGACCUUCGGCGUCAAGCAGACCGUCGACGAGGGAUGGAUCUAUCAAAUCUCUAAAACCUGAGAUCCACAUCGACCUCACUGUCAACAAGGGCAAACCAUACUUCUCCAUCACCACCGGGAAGAGCAAACGCGAGUCAGCAGGAUCUAAUUCCGCCUUCGAGUCCGGUGGCUCUGAGGCGUCUCAUGCUGUCCGAACCGGAUAUCCUGAGAUCUUGCAUCCGUCUCUGAAUUCACACCUCCGAACCCAGUCAAGUCGUUAUCGCCACCCAUCACCAGACGAAUCCAUCCCGAGCUCCAGCCGCCUGUCACACGUCUAUCACAACUCUAGCGACUACGAUACACCAAGCCUAGCAACAGGAACAACCGCCACAUCCAGCGGUACCCGUCCUGUCAUACACCAUACCCCUCAUACCAGUGCGAUGCCAGCUCAGAUCAACACCACCCUCGGUCAAGCUGGUGGCCCUGCCAGUCCGUACCGCACGACUGAGGUUGCGCCGAGGGCUUCGCGCAACAAUGGCUCGUACACGCCUGAGAUCACGGGGCGUGACGAGGACAAGAGGCGGCGACACGAUGAGCAGCGGAAGCAGCACGAAGCCGCUGACCGCGAACUUGUCGCCAACUCAGUGAGCGAGGAGAACCAACGUGCUCACUUUAGCCGUGCCGAAGAGCGAGCGAGCAAAACCUUCGCCGGACGCACAGAUGGGCGUGAGCAGCGACGGCGACAAGACCACACGGCCCAAGCCGCAAAAGAGGCCGCAGCGAAAGAAGCUGUAGCACGAGAAGCCGCGGCGCGCGAGGCCGCAAGAAAGAUGUCACAGACAUCCAAACCAGCCGCACCGUCUCGCAGAAACUCUGUUCGCAUAUCUGCUACAGAAGCUACCAAACAACAGCUCAUCGAUGCCGAAGCCCGUCAAAUGCGCAAAGAGCGUGCAGAAGCAGAGGUUAGGGAACGGGAGGAGCAGUUGUACCAACAGCAGCCACCUGCCUUCCAGCAGCAGCAGUCAGACUCGAGGCACUACGACCAGCCCGUGCCUCGCCGCAACAGUCUCUCCAGCCAGGCACGCCCGGACCUGAUCAGGUCAAACAGCAAACGCGGCGCUGCUCCUGAACCACGCGAACCGCGUCGCGAGCCACGCCAACCCCCUGUAUCGUUCUACAACAAUACUACUCGCACCGACCUGCCACAAGCCCGCGAGCCGCGCCGGCCAUCGUCUUCGCACGCAAACAGACCUUUCAUGCCCACUGCACCCUCCGCUGACUUGUGGGAUGUGCGCAAUGUGAGCCAGGCUUUGCCGAGUGCCCGUAACAUGGGACAGCCACUGCCGAGAGCUCGUGGCCCUGGCGUCGGACAUAACUUCCCGCAACCACAGGCGAAUGUCUCUUAUCCGCAGCAGGCGAGCCACCGCAUGCAGCAAGCGCUGUACACUGACGAGUACCAGACUGAUUCCGAGGAUGGUCACGAUCCCUGUAGCCCUAGGAGGAGACACUGAGGUCUCAACGUGGUUUUGUUCUUCUUAUUCGAGCCGGCUGAGUAAGACACUGUACAGGCGUUUCUUUCCCUGAUUGUUGGUCUUCAGGCGCUUGGCUUCCCAGUUGAUACCCUUCUACCCCGGUGCUCGUCAAACGAUUUUAGAGUUCACUUUGCUAUUUUACGAUGUAGCCGAAUUCUUUGCGCGUAAUCUUGCCACAUAGACAUACCCCGACUUCAUUGCUUUCUGCGUACACAAAUAUAUCUUACACAUGCUCAUCAACUGCAUCCCAUCAUCGUCUGUCCAUGCCUUUAGAUUCAAACUCAAUAUUGACCUUAACCCGCGUCUGGGUGGUGUUGAACGAUUCUCGGCUGCAGGCUGAGUUGCGGGACGUGUGCACGUCAACACGGAAACUGGAGA